AGAGAGAGAGAGUGGCCCCAUCCCGCCGCCGCCGCUGUGUAUUCCUCUCCCCGCUCUCUCCCCCAAAUUGUGCCCUAUCCAUCCCAAUCACCAGCGAUGAUGAAUGCCUCCUACGUGUUCUCCGGCGAGGUUGAGGGCGAGGCCGUCGACAAGAGCUCCGGCACGGCGGACCUAUUAAAUGUCUCCGUCAUGGCCUCCGACGAGGGGAAGGGCGUGACCGCCGGCAAGAUCUUCAGCCUGCCGGAGUAUCCGCGCGUGGCGCGCCUUCGUCACCGGCGCCUCAUGAGCUACCUCUGGUGCCAAGGCUUCGACGACUCCUACAAAGAGCUCAUGAACAAGACGCCAACGCCGGGUUCGCCAACGCCGCCGCCGGCAAAGGGGAGAAGUUGCUGCCCAAGGACUACCUCCAACUGAGCCACGAAAGAGCCGUCAGCCACGCCGAACUGAGGCUCCGCUCCAUCUGCAUGUCCGUAAUCGACCGUUUCAGGGCCAACAUGAACUGGCAGAGAAUGCAGAUAAAGGCAUCGUCUCUUGUCUGCUCGCUGGCUCAUCGCGUUCCAGAGCUGCGAGGCUGCCUCUCGCUGCCGACCACCGGCUUCAACCCGCCCCAUGUACUUCCCAUUGCUUCCGGUUUGAGGAGUCAUAGGCGUUAUGUGAAGCAGAAAAAUACAGGAUCAGAAAAACAAAAAGCUGUCAUCAGGGCCUUGAAGAGGCAGUGUCGACGUCAUAUGAGUUCAAAUAUUGAGUCGGUUGACGAAGCAAAGGAAUUGCUGGCGGAUCUCCUUGAUGCAACUGUACGAUCUGGCUUUCGAACGGUAUCAUCUGUUCCGAGCCAUCCACUUGAAAAUGAAGGCGCUCAAUUCCUCCAGCCCAUCCCAGGUACCUUCACAGAAGCUAAAACUUCUGGGCCAUCGACAAAUGCAGGCACGAGUAAGCAUGAGGGCGAAGCAGGUUGUCACACCAUCACUGCUCGUCAGGAGGAUUCAGAUGGGAGAAAGAAUUCAAGGGAUGAACUUGCAACGGCUGAGCAAGACCGUGAUUCGAAACGACAACGGUCAAAUGGGGCACCUCGUGAAGCAACUCUGGUCAUGCCAGGGUAUUGUGCUGUGGAGAAUUUGAGCGCCAAGCCGAGUGGUGGAGAGACGGCCGCUCCAUGAAAUACCCAUUCUGCUGGAGCGUUUGGCUGACCCGUUUUACCUCCUGCUUGAGGCCUGCGAGUCUCCUGGAACUUGUGACAAUGUUUAUGAUGCAACUCUGUUACCAACUACUAGUGCUUGUGUUGGGACUAGUGUCGAUCACUUAUAUGCCACUAAAGUAUGUAAGCUGCUGAGUAAUGGGUGAUGCUAUGUACUGUAAUGAUGAACUCGGGAUUUAUUGCUGCUGGAAUGGGAGGUUCUGUGUUG